AUGACCUUGAACGACCGAUGGAAACUCGCCCAAGAGCAACAUUUAUGCCGCCGUUGUCUGGUAUCUCAUGGAAAAUUUCCGUGUAAAGCGUCCACUUGCGGUGAGAAUGGAUGUGAGGAACGUCACCAUAAACUUCUUCAUCUUGGAAAGCCACAGAUCGUUGAAGUUCCGAAGACAACUAGUAUGGUUACUGUGCAUCGCAAACUCCAACCAACUAUCCUUUUCCGGAUACUGCCUGUAACACUGCAUGGGAAUGGCAAAGUCAUUGAUACAUAUGCGUUCCUAGAUGACGGUUCAUCCACCACACUGGUGGAAUCCCACAUCGCAAAGGAAUUGGGAGUGAGAGGCGACGUAAAUCCACUCUGUCUUCAGUGGACAAAUGACAUCGAGCGUACAGAAAACGAGUCACAACUGAUUAAUCUGGAAAUCUCUGGUGAUGGUCAUACGAAACGGCAUCCAUUAAGAAGGAUCCACACAGUUGAAAAAAUGAAUCUACCAGUUCAGUCACUGAAUUAUUCGGAAAUCAGUCAACAAUUUUCUCAUCUUCGUGGGUUACCAGUCCGUAACUAUAAAAGUGCAGUUCCUACCAUUUUAAUUGGUUUAGACAACUCAUAUUUAAAAACAUCUCUGAAAUGUCGUGAAGGUUCCAGAAAUGAACCGAUUGCUUCCAAAACUCGGUUAGGUUGGACGGUUUAUGGAGCCAUCAACGCUGGUCCUGAUUCUAAAGUCCAGUUACAGUUUCACAUCUGUGCUCGUUCGCCCGAUCAGGAGCUCCAUGAUCUCGUGAAGGACUUUUUCGCUUUGGAAAGCGUUGGUUCAAUUUCACCGAUCGUAGAAAGCGACGAUGACAUUCGUGCACGUGCAAUACUUGAGCGCACUACGGUUCGAACACCUACGGGGAGAUUUCAGACGGGCUUGCUGUGGAAACACGACUAUAUUCAGUUUCCAAACAGCAGACCAAUGGCGGAAAGAAGACUCCAGUGCCUUGAACGUCGCUUGGCGUCCAAACCAGAGCUUUACGACAAAUUGCGAGAGCAGAUGAAGGAGUAUCAAUCCAAAGAAUAUGCCUACAAACUCAGCCAGGUGAAAAUAGCCGCAUUAGACGCGAAUAGGACUUGGUUCUUACCGUCGAACGUCGUAAUCAAUCCAAGAAAGCCAAACAAAUUACGUUUAGUGUGGGAUGCUGCAGCCAAGGUCCAGGGUCAGUCAUUGAACUCCAAUCUACUAGCUGGUCCUGAUCUCCUUACUCCGCUUCCCGCUGUACUUUGUCCAUUCCGACAAUUCCAAGUCGCCAUCACAGCGGAUAUUUCGGAAAUGUUCCACCAAAUAUUGAUACAACCGGAAGAUCGAUCGGCGCAGCUGUUUCUUUGGAGAGAUCAUCCGUCGAAACAAUUUGAGGUUUUCGCAAUGAAAGUGGCGACGUUUGGAUCUACGUGCUCCCCAUCCGCAGCACAAUUCAUAAAAAAUCGAAACGCUCAAGAAUUUUCUAAGCAGUUUCCACAAGCGGCUGAAGCGAUCUUAAAACAUCACUAUGUGGAUGAUUUUUUGUACAGUGUAGACACGAUGAAGGAGGCGGUACAAAUUGCGCAACAAGUGAAGGAAAUCCACUCAAAAGCUGGCUUCCAUAUCCGUAACUGGCUCUCGAACUCCAGCGACUUUCUAACACGGGUCGGGGAAAGGAACGUGGAAACGUCGAAGUACUUCGCAGCGACCAAGUCAACUACUAGUGAACGAGUUCUCGGCAUGAUUUGGAAACCAGAUCCAGAUAUUUUCGUGUUCCAAGGGUUGUUUCGCGAAGAAAUGCUACCGCUGAUCCAGGGUAAUUACAUUCAAACCAAGAGACAGACCUUUCGGAUCGUGAUGAGCAUAUUUGAUCCCUUAGGAUUGGUAGCUGUUUUUGUGGUCCACGGAAAAAUGCUCAUUCAGAACAUCUGGCGUUCGAAAAUCGGAUGGGACGAGCGUAUACCCGAUGAGCUAGUUAGUCAAUGGGAGCGCUGGUUGACCCUGUUGCAGCAACUUGAGCAAAUACAAAUACCCCGAAGUUACUUUCCUGGCAGUUCAAGUGGGAUCUAUCGUUCACUUGAGCUGCAUAUUUUCGUGGAUGCCAGUGAGGAGGCCUUUGCCGCUGUCGCAUAUUUCCGAAUCAUCGAACAACAAACAGUUCGCUGCGUUCUUGUUUCAGCGAAGACAAAGGUUGCUCCACUAAAGCCCAUAUCGAUUCCUAGAUUGGAAUUAAUGGCGGCCGUUCUUGGGGUGAAACUUGCCAAAUCGGUCGAAGAAUACCACACCCUAGCUAUUACACGCAGAGUAUUUUGGAGCGACUCCAGCACCGCACUUUCGUGGAUACGUUCAGACCAGAGAAAAUAUCGACAGUUUGUUGCUUUCCGGGUGACUGAGAUUCUUGAGAAUUCUCAGGUAGACGAGUGGCGAUGGAUUCCUUCUCGUUGGAACGUAGCGGACGAAGCAACGAAGUGGGGCAAGGGACCUUCUAUCAACAACAGUAGUCGCUGGUUCCAAGCACCAGCUUUUCUCUAUCACCAUCCUGAUCUAUGGCCUCAUCAAGAUCUACGUGUUACAGAGACACCAGAAGAGCUUCGCCCCAUCCACAUUCACCAUCAAAUUACAAUAGUUGAGCAGCUGAUCGUGUUCGGAAAGUUCUCAAAAUGGGAACACUUGGUGCGAGCUGUAGCGUAUGUUCUCAGAUAUCUUUGGAAACUGCGCCGCAGAGUCAAAAAGCAAACUGCAGGAACGACGAAUUGGUUGAAUCAGGACGAGUUACGAAAGGCAGAGUCAGAGAUUUUUAAGCAAAUCCAGCAAGAGGCUUACGGAGAUGAAAUCAUCACACUUAUUAGAAAUAAACAGCUACCGAUGGAACAGCAACUAGGUUUGGAGAAAACGAGCAAGCUUCGCAAGUUAUCACCUUUCCUGGAUAAGCACAGUGUCAUUCGUAUGGACAGUAGAGCUUCGAUUUCCGAGUACUUUUCAACAGACUUCAAGUUUCCUGUAAUCCUUCCGAAAGGCCACUAUGGAACUCAGUUGCUGAUAAAUUGGUACCAUCGUCAACUCAAACAUCGGAACGCAGAGACAGCAGUGAACGAGAUGCGUCAGAGAUUCCACGUAUCAGAAAUGAGAGCGGCGUUUCGACAGGUCAGAAAACUUUGCCAAUGGUGUAAGAUCUACAAAGCGGUCCCUGCAGUACCUAGGAUGGCUCCCUUGCCCCCAGAGAGGACCACAUCCUACAUUCGUCCAUUUUCUUUCGUUGGCGUGGACUACUUUGGACCAAUGUUAAUCAGACAAGGACGCAGUGAUGUGAAGCGGUGGGUGGCGAUAUUUACUUGCCUCACUAUACGUGCUAUGCAUUUAGAGGUGUCGCACAGCUUGUCCACGGAGUCCUUUAAACUGGCAAUUCGGAGAUUCAUCGACAGGAGGGGGGCUCCUGCCGAAAUAUUUAGCGAUCAGGGAACCAACUUUGUUGGUGCAAACAACGAGUUGAAGAAGGAGUUGCAGCAAAUGUACACAAGUCUGGCUUCAACGUUCACUAAUACAGCAACGCAGUGGCGUUUCAACCCUCCGCUUUCACCGCAUAUGGGGGGGGGGGGUGUUGGGAACGCAUGA